UAAAUUAAAGAGGUGGUUGAAUAUUUUAUAAGUGAGAGGACCAUUAUACCUAUUACUAACACGGAUUCUUUUGAAAAAUGAAUUAAAAUUGCAAUGUGGCAUCUAUAAUUUUCAAACAAGGCACAGGUGGAUGUUAUUAAAUUUCUUGUAUAUUAUCCAUUGUAUUACAAUAAUACAGCGCAAAGGGAAUAACUGAAGUUGACCAACAUGCCAAAUUAAGAGAGAAUGAAACUUUUUAAAUAGAAAAUGGCAUGGUAUUGGUCAAGUAGUGGAUAUUUUGCAUGAAGUUGUAUAUGUUCAAAUCUUAGCUAUUCUUAGUUCUUUACCAUUCUACAAAAUCCUAUAGAACAACUGGUUUAUCUCCUUUAUCCAUUUUUUCGUUUCAACCUCAACGAUAAUGGAAGAUGUGACCAGCUCCGGCAACUCACCUUUUACAGUAUCUGCCAUCGCUGCAGGGGAAGCACAUACUCUCCUUCUCACUGAGGAUGGGCGUGUAUAUUCAUGGGGAAGAGGAACAUUUGGAAGACUCGGUUUGGGUUCAGAACAAGACCAACUAUUUCCAGCUCAAAUCGCGUUUGAAUCAAAAAACUCGGUUAGAAUAGUUGGAAUUGCUGCUGGUGCAUAUCAUAGUCUAGCUCUUGCAGAUGAUGGAUCUGUUUGGUGCUGGGGUUACAAUUUAUAUGGUCAACUUGGUAUCAUCAAUGAAGAGGAUUCCCACAAUCCAAAAUACACAGAUGGAUAUUAUUCUGUUGUUCCUUGCUUGUUGAACAAGUUUCUUGAGUUGCAUCCCCCAGAUUCUUCAACCUUAGUGUUAGAAGAAGCAGAAGCGAAACCACCACUAAAGAUAAUUUCGGUCAAAGCAGGAGGAAUGAUGUCACUUUCUAUUGACAAUCUUGGAGCUCUAUGGAUGUGGGGAAACUGUCCUAAUCAAAGCAAAGAUGGUAUAUUCUCAAUAGUAAGCAAUUUCACUCCAACGCCGGUUUGGGAUUUCCAUGGUCACAUAGUAGUAAAAGUUGCAUGUGGAAAUGAACACAUUAUAGCACUGGUUAGUGUUGGAGAAUCAUACAAUGAUGAACAAGAUGAUCUCAUUUGUUACUCUUGGGGUAACAACAACCAUGGUCAGUUAGGUUUGGGUGAUGAAGAGAAUAGACCAAAUCCAGAAAUGGUAAAAACAUUUGAUCAGAAUUCUCAUUGGUCAAUUUAUGAAAUAGCAUGUGGUGCUUUUCACACUGCUUUGUUAACUCGUAGGAAAAAAAAGCCGAAUGACGCGUUAGAAUUAGAAAGUGUGUGUUGGACAUUUGGUCUUGGUGAUAAUGGACAACUUGGUCAUGGAACAAUACAAAGUACAUCAAUUCCUGAACCUGUUCAAGAAUUGCCACAAUUUGUGAACCUUGUUUCUGUUGACUGUGGUUUGUUUCAUACUUGUGUUGUUUCGUCUGACGGGGAUGUUUGGUCGUGGGGAAUGGAGAAGGGGCUUGGACUAUAUCCGGAUGCGCGAGUUGUUGGUGAAUAUUCAAGUGACGCUCUUUCCCCGCUUGCUGUAAGAAAUCCUUGUGAGGACACAUUUUUAGAACCGGUUCAAGUCGCCUGUGGCGCGGCUCAUACUGUUAUUGUUGCACGAGAGGGUUAUAAGGUUUGGUCUUUGGGAAGAGGAAGAAGUGGAGUUCUUGGAAAUGGUAAGGUAAUGGAUUGUUACACUUCUACCUUAGUGCUAUGGCCUCCAUUGGUGGAAGAUUUUAGUUUCAAAUUAGAGGAACCGUCGAGUUCGCGUGAGCAAGAAAAGGGAAAGAAAAAGACUGAAGGAGUAACAGAAAACAUAUGAGCAAUUAAUUACAUGUCAAUAGUGUAUAUAAAAGUGAAGAUUGCACCAUUGUUAUCAAAGUAUUGCACAUACAAGACAAAAAACUGAUGGCCUGAUUAUUUGUUGUAUCUAGUUUCUAUUGGGUGAUUGAGUCAUGCACAAAAAUUGAAUACAAAUUGUUCACAAAUAUUAUGUAAAUUCUGGUUUGAUAUAUUAUGCUGCUGUGUUGAUCCUUUUGUUGCAUAAUCACUUGCUCCUUUAUUUGUUUAACAA